GCUCAUUUAUUUUUGCUCUCAAGCUCCCCCAUCAGUACCCGUGUGCGUCGUUUGAAGCACCGGAGAGAGGAGCUGAUAGUGGCUUGUCCGACCUCCUACUAUUGGGCGUAAAUCUGUAUCAUCAAACAUUUUUCACCAGCUUCCUCAUUCCCUCAUUUGAGAUUUCGUCGGAAUGAGAGGAGAAAGUCUCUGUUAUAGAUCCUGAGGGGAAGUCACCGGGUAAGGCGAAUGGUUGGAAACUUUGGAUUCCUUGUUUUGGAAAUGUAUAUGGGUGAUGCCAUUUUCCACAAAGCCACAUGACUGUCAAGUUAGAGAGCUGAAACCACGUUUGUUUGGAUCCACACGGCACUAAGCUACGGAUGUAGAACUCAAAAUCGAUCUUUUGCCGAGCAUAGAGUGAUUGUUUACGAUCAAGUGUAAACUCAUGUUGAUUAUACGGGGAGGGCAUUUUGCGUCAUGACUUCCAGCUAUGCCCAUGUAAUGGACAGACAAGCCACGCUAACUAACCGACUGGAGAAUCCGAUUACCGCAAAUCAGGAUAAUUUACAGGCUAAGAAGAACUUUUCCGUGAGCCACCUGUUAGAUCUGGAGGAAGCGCGGGAGAUGGUGGGAGCUCAAGCGGAGGAGAGCGCAGCAGAGGCGGGCAGAAGUAUGCUGGAGUCUCCGGGUUUGACCAGCGGCAGCGACACGACACAGCAGGAGAAUGAGCAACUGAACUCAGAGGAAAAGAAAAAGCGAAAACAGAGACGGAAUAGGACCACGUUCAACAGCAGCCAACUGCAGGCUCUAGAGAGAGUGUUUGAGAGGACACACUACCCUGACGCUUUUGUCAGGGAGGACUUAGCCCGUCGGGUCAAUCUCACUGAAGCUCGGGUGCAGGUUUGGUUUCAAAAUCGGCGGGCUAAGUUUCGCCGAAAUGAACGUGCGAUGCUGGCCAGUAAAAAUGCCUCGUUGCUCAAGUCUUUCUCAGGAGAAUUAACAGCUGCAGAGCAGCCAAUCGUGCCACGACCCGCUCCCAGACCCAAUGACUACCUGUCCUGGGGUAGCUCACCAUCAUACAGUGCCAUGGCAACUUACUCUCCAUCAUGUGCUAACAACAACACAGCCCAGGGCAUGAAUAUGGCCAACAGUAUCGCCAACCUGAGACUGAAGGCCAAAGAAUACAGCCUCAACCAGGUACCCACUGUCAACUGAAGUGGACAGCGGGGCUGUCAUAGACUCUAUAGCACAUGUCAGAGAACAACUCCCAAAGUCCCAACAAAGGCUUGGUGUCGCUGGCCCUGUAGUAUUGACAUUAUUGGUUUUUUCUGCCCUAUUAUAUGUGUCUUUACUCUAAUCCAUCAUCUCUCAAAGGAAAGGAAGCGAAUAGAACUUCUCCAAAUUACAGAGCUUUCCUAAAGCAAUGAUUUACACAAUGCUGUUAUGUUCUUGGCAUGUGGGAAAAUGACAUGUGGGAAAAUUCUGUUUUGGACAGCACAAAAUGGAAACUUUCUCUGUUCACACUCACUGUGGCAGCAUGAGUGUGGUCAUCUUUUGGAAGAGGGUGGCUUACUGUAGAUUUUCUCGAGACUGCUGGCCACCACAUUUGAUGACCACUGUGAAAUUCAAAUACGACAGUCUUGUGGACAUCUGGGAGGUUUUUAGGAUUUCCCCUUGAUUCCUCUUUGGACUUCAUGGCCAUGCACUGAGGCCACAAAAUUGAGAUUUGGAUAUUUUGAUUACUUGGAACUGGGUAAAAAAUUAGCUCCAUUAUUAAAAAAAAAAACACAAAAAAACAUUGUUUAUAAUAAUGAGAUGCACUGGUUAUUUGUUCAUUUUUGGCAAAUACAGAAGUGUAGCCAUGUUACAUAUACAAUACAAGUCAUUUUAAACUUUGACAUUUCUACCAUGAGUUUGGAGCCUAGUUUUGAUUUUACCAAUUUAUAUUGUCUAAAUAUAUCUUAACAUGUUAUAUUCCUUUGCAAUAAAAAUGUACUUGCAAUGUAAUAGCACUGCGUUCGCUGUUUCAGGUGUUGUAGCUCAAAAUGUUCUCAAAAGUCUUAAUAGCCUUGUCAGUCCCAGAUGAACCCUUUUACAUUUAUGACAAUAACUGCAAAAACUGACCACGCUUUUAUGUUCAAGGAAGAGUUCACCCCAGAAAUUUAAAUUCUGACCUAAUUUACUCAGCUUCAUGUCAUUCCAAACCUGUAAGACUUUCUUCUGCAGAACACAAAAGUAGUCCAGGGCCUCAUUUCCCAAUAACAAUAAUCUAAGCAGUUAAUAGCAUUUCCCAAAACUGCACUUAACAUGAACGUGCGAGGGCACACUUUAAAUGCUACAUAAGAGAGUCACUGUCCAUAAGACAGUGAAUUAUAGUGCUGCUCGCCAUUGUAACUUUACAAUAAUUUGUAAUUUACCUCACUAAUAUUUGUUUAAAAAUAUUUUCUUACAUUUUCGACCUAAUUAUCUAUAUAUUUCUACAUUGUUUUACAAUAAUUUUGUGCAGAACGAUCUAUUUAUUUUACACAAUGUGCUUCCAUAAUCAGGUAUAUAUAAAUAAAACAUGGGUAUCCUGAUAUUAAAGUUUUAGCAUAAAGUGUAGAUAUUUAAAGUGUAGGUGUUUAAAUUGUAUCAAGUGUAAUUUCGCAUUUGUCCUGCAUGUGUCAGCAUAAGUCUAUUUGCUUACGAUGCUCUUUGCGCUAUACAGGUACUCCAGAGCAAAAUCUACAAGCAUUUUCAAGUACUACUUAAGUUACGAUGCUAUUGGGAAAUGGGCCGCAAAACUAAGGUGAAUCGUAAGAUGGAUUCAACGAUCUACUUGCUUUUGGGAAACGAGGCCUAGUCCUGUUGGCUGAAUCUAAUACAAUGGUGGAAGAGAGUGACUCAAUUUAAUACUUAAUAUUGCACCCAAGUGUCAUUUAAAGUAGCUCAUAUUCCAAGUCUUCUGAAGGCAUCCAAUCCAUUUGUAUGAUAAACAGACUGUUAAGUUGUCUUCCACUCUCGAAUCAAACCAUUGAAAAACUAUGAAAAGAGCACUGAAUCCAAUAUGGUGGUGAUGAUAAAUUUCCUGCGUGUCUUGUGAUUAAACGUCAUAACAUUGUGCAAGAGAUGUCAUUUUUGGGUGAACUAUUACUUUAAUGUGAUGUGUGUAAUGUUUGCAAUGUUAAAAUAUAUUCUCCUAUCCCAGUGUAUUAUGCAAAGACAAUUACAAGUUAGUCAUUCAUACGUUGACAAUGUACAAGGCAAAUGUAAACACUGUGGCUCUUUAGCACU